AUGAGAGGGAGUGGAAUUGAAGUUAAAACACUCACACACAAAAGCAAGGGCCGUGUGCGUGUAUGUGUGAUGGAAGACUGGGAGACAGAAAAGGGUAAUGAAGAAGCAAUAGAAGGGAGUGAAAUGUUUCGCGAGUUGCAAAAGUUUAAGACGGUCGCGGCUCCACAGAAGUGUUUUGUGAAGUCGCAUAUUUGCUUCUCGCCUCUCCUGUUUUUGCUUUUAUAUCCUUCGGUAUGUUGGAAGGUAUUUAUCCCAUUAUUUUAUUUUUCAUUGUUGCUAUUAUUGUCGUUGCAUUGGCGUAUUUAA